AUGACCACUGUUCAAGCGACCGAAGAGGAAACUGUGCACCUACGACGAGUAUCUGCAGACUUCCCACCUACACCACCAGACUCGGAUCUUAGCGAUGGAGAGAAGUCGACGAACAAAACAGCAUCCACACAAUUUCCUCUGCCUCCACCAUCACACCCGCCGACUGUGAUCGAUCCGCUAGAUCAAAAAACGCCUGAUGGAUGGCUACCGCGAGACUCGAGACUAAUCAGAUUGACUGGAGCACAUCCGUUUAAUUGCGAAGCACCUCUCACGGAUCUAUACAACGAAGGAUGGUUGACAAGUCCGGAACUGUUCUACGUAAGAAACCAUGGUCCUGUGCCUCAGGUUAAUGAUGAAGAUAUCCCAGAGUGGGAGUUCACAGUGGAAGGACUUGUCGAAAAACCACUCACAAUCAAGUUCAAAGACCUCGUUCGAGAAUACGACCAGAUCACAUGUCCUGUGACUCUUGUCUGUGCUGGCAACAGACGAAAGGAACAGAACGUUGUCCGUAAGACCAAGGGUUUCUCGUGGGGCGCUGCUGGUGUAUCAAAUGCUUUGUGGACUGGUGUCAUGAUGCAUGAGAUUCUGAAGAAGGCUGGACUGAAGAGAGGAGCAAGAUACGUAUGCAUGGAAGGUGCCGACAAACUGCCCAAUGGAUACUACGGUACCUCGGUCAAACUUAACUGGGCAUUGGAUCCCAACAGAGGCAUGAUGCUGGCCUACAAGAUGAACGGCGAGAUGCUGACACCGGACCACGGCAAGCCUCUACGAGCCCUGAUUCCUGGUCAAAUAGGAGGCCGCAGCGUCAAAUGGCUAAAGAAGCUCAUCAUUACCGACAAGCCAAGUGACAACUGGUACCACAUCUACGACAACCGCGUCCUUCCAACGACCGUUUCGCCAGAGGAAUCUGCAAACAACAAGGAUUGGUGGAUGGAUGAGAGAUAUGCCAUCUACGACCUAUCGACCAACUCCGCAAUGGCACAUCCGGUUCACGAAGAGCAAUUAUGUGUCGUCGGGGCUCCAGAAAACUACCGUGUCAAGGGAUACGCUUACGGUGGUGGAGGUCGCCGUGUGACACGUGUCGAAGUCACCUUGGAUAAAGGCAAAAGCUGGCGUCCUGCCAAUGUUGAUUAUGCCGAAGACAGAUACCGAGAAGCAGGUCCUGUCGACCUCUACGGUGGUAGGCUAGACAUGGAAUGGAGAGAAAGCUGCUUCUCCUGGGCAUUCUGGAACAUCGACAUCCCAGUCGAUGAUUUGAAAGAUGCAAAGGACAUCAUGUGUCGAGCCAUGGAUGAGAGCAUGAACAUUCAGCCUCGUGACAUGUACUGGAGUGUUCUGGGUAUGAUGAACAACCCUUGGUACCGGAUCGCCAUCCACCGAGAGAACGACUAUCUGCGUUUCGAGCACCCCACGCAACCCGCAUUGAUGCCUGGCGGUUGGAUGGAACGCGUGAAGAAGCUAGGAGGCAAUCUCGCUAACGGCUACUGGGGCGAACAGCUUGGAAGCUCAGAUGCACCGGAACCUGUUACGGAAGCAGCACAAGAUGUGAAGAUGACUAAGGACGGAAUAGACAAGAAAAUCACCAUCGACGACCUUCGCAAGCAUGACACGGAACAAGCACCAUGGUUCGUCGUCAAUGGUGAGGUUUACGACGGUACAGCGUUCUUGGAAGGUCAUCCCGGAGGCGCUCAAAGUAUUGUUUCAGCAGCUGGACUGGACAGCACUGACGAAUUCAUGGCCAUUCACAGCGAGACUGCCAAAGCCAUGAUGCCAACAUAUCACAUUGGCACGCUAGACGAGGAGGGCAAGCGAGCAUUGAGUGGUGAGGAGGCACAGCCUGACGAGAAUGCGACACCUUCGGAAACCUUCUUGCACCCACGCACAUGGAAAAAAGCCAUCUUACAAUCGAAGACUACGGUGUCUUGGGACAGUCGCGUCUUCAGAUUCAAGCUCGAGACGGACGAUCAGAAACUUGGUCUCCCGACUGGCCAGCACAUCAUGAUGCGUUUGCGCGAUCCAGUAACACGCGAGGCCAUCAUCCGGUCUUACACGCCCAUUUCAGAGACGGCCGAAAAGGGCUUUGUCGACAUCCUGAUCAAGGUGUAUUUCAAGAAUGGCACAUCGGAGGGAGGCAAGAUGUCGCAAGCUCUCGACUCUUUACCCAUAGGUCACUUUGUCGACUUCAAGGGACCGAUUGGCAAAUUCCAAUAUCUCAGCCAAGGUCUCUGUGCCGUUAACGGCGUUGAGCGACGCAUCUCGCAAUUCGUCAUGAUCUGUGGUGGUUCAGGUGUCACGCCAAUCUACCAAGUUUUCCGUGCAGUGAUGCAGGAUGCUAGUGACAAGACCAAAUGCACGUUGCUGGAUGGCAACCGCCUUGUCGAAGACAUUCUGUGCAAAGGCGAGCUGGACAGCUAUGCCAAGGACAACGAGCACAAAGCAAAGCUACUAUACACUCUAACUCAAGCACCAGACCACUGGGAUGGUCUGAGAGGACGUAUUGCCGCACCGCUGCUUGCUGAACACGCCAGUAAAGAAGCGCUCAAGCUCGAGCCGACUGAACAGGCUCUAAUCCUGAUCUGCGGCCCUGAAGCACUUGAGAAGAGUUGUCACGCCGCAUUACUGAACCAAGGCUGGCGCGAUGAUGAGAUGCUCUUCUUCUAA